AUGGACCGUGCGAUGCAGGCUGGAGCGCGCAGGGAGCUUCCAAAGCAUCCCGAUGUACUUCAAAGCGCUCCGCCGUUUGCUUUGGCCGAACAAGAUGCAGAGGCGGUCGACGGCGGGUCAACACAUAAGCCUGGGCCACGGGGUGGUAAGGAGCGCGUUGCAGUGCCGGUCAAGUCUGUUGCAGGGGCGACUUUGACGUCCAAUGCCUGGGCAACUGUGUGCCCGCCUCUCGCGGUGCUAGGCAGCGAUGACGACAUGGCGUCCACUUUCGGCAGCUCGCUGCUGCCGCCGCACCUCCUCGUGCACCCGCAUGGCUUCCGCAUCCUGAAGAACGCCAGUGCCCUGGAGCGAAACAUGCGCAGCUACUUCCGACUUCCUCAGCCGCCUAACACUGCCACACGUGAGGAGCGGCGCCGCCUUCGCCGCACCCUCCAGCGCAUCGAGAGCGAAGAGGCGCAGCAGAAAGCGCGGGUGGUGGGCAACCAGGAUGGGGUCGUGUUGGACGGUUUUCUUCUGCUGAGUGCGUGCGAAGCCGAAGACCCGGAGGAGGUGACCCAUGUGGUGCUGCAGUCAUCGCAGCUGUCGAGUAGCAUUGCAGAGGACUUGCAGUACUUCACGCACCUCACGACAGUGGACUUGAGCGACAACCUUUUGCGCCUGGGCCAUGUGCUUCCACUUCCUGGAUUAGAGGUGGUCCACCUCGUGUGCAACAACAUCUUUUCACUGGCAGAGGUGUCGCAGUCGAGCAGUUCCUCGCGUGCCACCAUUGUGGCGCUCGACCUCGCCUACAACCACAUACCCGCAGAUCACCUAGUCCACUUGAAGGCGUUCGGCGCCUUGCAGCAGCUAGACCUCAGCCAUAAUGGCCUGCGCACGUUGCCAAGAAACUUGUCCGGCCUGGCAUGCCUUACACACUUCGCGCUGGAGUCGAACGAGCUCUCCUCACCGGAUGUGUUCUACGCACUGGGCACGAUGCCGGCACUCGUUGAGGUGAACCUUUCGCGAAAUCGACUUUCCUCUGUGCCCCCGUUGGAUACCGGUGUGUGUGACGGCGACAGCGGCCCGCGGCAUGCCCCCUUCCCGUCUUUGCAGGUGAUGAGCCUGACAGGGAAUCGUUUCCGACACGUCGAGGCCCUCCGACCCUUGGCUGCACUGCACCAGACACUGCGCCGCGUCGAUGUUGGCGAGAACCCGCUGGUGGACCGCCGACCGAAUCAGAAGGCUGAGCUGCAGCGUGCACUAGAUGAGGCCGUUGUGGAGGCGUACUACGCGGCGCUUCCCCUACCCCAGACGAACAGCGUUGACCCGGGCACACUGCCGGAGAUGAUGGACACGUGGCACCGUCAGAGCUGGGCGCGCUACAUCCCCAAGCCGGUGGGCGAGGCGGACAUGUCCGAGACGGAGGUGGCGGGUGCAGCGUCGAUCGGUGCCUCCUCGUCGCACAAAACAAUUCCCUCCGCGCCGUUGGCUGCGGUGUCGAACAUACUGGAAACGCUGGAACCAGAUUGCCCAAUGAGUGAGGAUACACAUCGUCGAGAAGGCGUCUCGCCACCGUUGCCGACGGUGGAGGAGUAUUUCUACUGCUACCGAAUCCACGUUCAAACGCCGAGAACCACGCCACCACCCCUGCCGAAGCAGCCGACGCGCUACUUCUACUCCUCGGCGUUUCGAGAGACUGAGCCGAGCGCGCACGAUACGGUGCCGCUUGUGACGCUGCCACCCUACACCGAGUUCAUGGACGUCUAUCGUGCCCAUGACCGAUGUCGUUCGAGGUCACGAGGCGGCGGCGGCGUUCGGCGGUCGGCUGCAGCGCGAAGAACGGUGGCGCAGUGGGGACCCCCACCCCAACCGCUGCGUCUACCCAUGCUGCCUCGCGCUCCCACCCCGCUCCGCACGGAGGGUGCGGCCUCACCGCACCAGAUGAGCGACGAAGAGGCGGCGGAGGAGGCGGAGAGCGUGCAGGAUGGCAAGGGCUUCUUCUUGACCAGCCUCGACGGCGUUGUUGGCGGGGCAGCAGCGGCGUCGCAAAGGAACGUGCCCAGAGACCGGAAGGCGACUGCGGCCGCGCCGCAUUCAGAGACGCAGCCCCAGUUGGCAGACAGAGUGGCAUCUGCGCCGGCUGGCACCGUUGAGGAGCCGUUCCCAUGCACUCGUCUUCCCCGAUCGGUGGUGUCUCCUGCCACGGCGAACGUGCACGCAGCCAUCUCGGAGCUGCGGGCAAUGCUACGCAAACCCUUACCUUCUCUGCCUUACGAGUCAUUGCGCGUGAAGGAGACCACGGGGUGA